AUCCAAAAAAAAAAAGGAGAUAGAUAUGUGACCUCAGGAUGAUCAGUUAGUUGAGUUUCACCUUUCCUUGCACAUGGCAAACUACUGAAACAUUCACUCUGGAACCAAACCAUGGCAUUAGCAACGUUUGGUUCUACUUCUGCUAACUCUAACACUUUGUUCCUCACUCUCCCAACACCACCUCCAUGUUUCAUCCACAAUCAUCGUACCAAUUUUAUGUUCAGUUCCUCAAGACUCAGUUAUGGUCACACUCACACUCUUUACUAUUCUCACCAAAGAUCUUCUGUUCCCACUAUUGUUUGUUCUGCUUCCAAUAAACCAUCUACUUCUCCUCAAAUUAGCUCUACAGCCAGGAUAAGGAGUGAGGUUCUAUCUCCCUUUCGGGCAGUUAGGAUGUUCUUUUACACCGCUUUUGUUGCAAGUGCUUCUCUUGGGACACUCAUAGCAAUCUCACAACUAAUUGGUGCACUGUCUAAUCCAUCAAGAGCUUCCGAAGUUUCUGAAAUUCUCAAGGGUCUCGGCAUUGACAUUGGAGCAGUAUCUUUGUUUGGUUUCCUAUACUAUAGAGACAACAAAGCCAAGAAUGCACAAGAGGCUCGGCUCUCAAGAGAGGAAAUUUUGUCAAAUCUUAAGCUCCGUGUGAGCGAGAAAAGGAUCAUUCCGGUUAACUCAUUGAGAGGAAUUGCUCGACUUGUAAUAUGUGCCGGCCCAGCAUCAUUCAUAACCGAGUCUUUUAAGCGAAGUGAACCUUUCACAGAAAAUCUUUUGGACAGAGGAGUGCUUGUUGUUCCCUUAGUAACAGAUGGAAAUUCGCCUGCUUUGGAGUUUGAGGAGACUGAGGAGACUGACGAGGCAAAGCAACUUGCCACCAGAAGGAAGAGACUAUGGCAGCUAGCUCCAGUUAUCACCUCCGAGUGGUCCGAGUGGUUAGAUGAACAAAAAAAGAUGGCAGGUGUAUCCUCUGACUCUCCGGUGUAUCUCUCUCUACGCUUGGAUGGUCGAGUUCGUGGAAGUGGUGUUGGUUAUCCACCUUGGAAUGCUUUCGUUGCACAAUUACCGCCGGUAAAGGGAAUCUGGACUGGCCUACUAGAUGGCAUGGAUGGCAGAGUUUAGAAGUUCUUUUCCAUACUCUUGAAGGAUGAUCUCUCUCUCAUAUACUCCUCCCCCUUAUACAAGGAGUUCAGCCCUAGGUUUCUUUCUUUUCUUUUUGCCUCUGGUUUUGUUUCCCUAUAGUGCAUAUUCUAUCAAACUUUUAUAAUUUUUCGUCCUAGUCUUCUUAUAUAUUUAAUGUACUUAAAAUCAUAUAUUUAGUUUAGGACAAACUAUGUCUCUUUUAAUAUUUAAUGUAUAGCUUUUUUGUUGUUGUUUA